AUGCCACCGACCCCAACAAGCGAAAUCCAGAACAUAUCCACGAUGUCGCCUCCAAAAUACUCGUCCAUGGAGUCCCAACCUCAGAAGCCUUGCGCUAUCAGCAACCUGAUGUCGCCACCUGAGCCAGCACCUCUGGACAGCUACACGCCUGCGGGAACGUCAAGCGAGAAGGCGGAUGCAACUGAGCGGAGGGUUCUACACCAACCUCUGUCCCCGCCCGUGUCGCCGUGCUCACGAGCGGCCAAUACUAUCGGCCCGGUUGUGAGGCCGGACUCAGGUAGCAAGGAUCCAAUCCUAUACCCCGCUACCGAACCUCCAGCGAGUGCUCCAACCGGGCCGUUGUUCAUGCCAGUAUCGGCCGUGGACUUCAAGACGAGAACGGAGCGACUAGUGGAUGAGCACAUCGCUUCGAGACCGGCCAGUCUAUUCCGCGAGGCAUCGCCGCCGAAACGGGAAGAUUAUGAACUGGCGUUAUACUUCAAGUCCAAUUGCCUUCGGAUGUUCCAGGCGAACCCCCAACAAUGGUUGAGGCAAGAGCGUGGACUCCUCGAGGCGGACCGGAAGCACAGGGCACCUUCGUCCCGGCCCAUCAAGUUGCCCCGUAUUCUCCCCGCGUCAAAACCAAAGCCGGCGGCGCUCGGCCCGCAGACGACCAAAGCUCGCGCCAAUCGCGUGCAAAAGCCGGAUGCGCCUAAAGCCAGGGCGCAGAAGCCAAGAGCACCGGCCCCGGUCGCGAUUCAUGCCGGCAGCCCCGAGCCCCGAGUCAGGACUGUUGCGCCGAGCCGGGAGGACAAGGAUUUCAUGGCCCUGGAGGAUCUCUCGCCGCCUCUCAGCUCCCUCGCGAAUGCACCCAAAAAGUUGAGGGUUUGCUGGAAGGAAAACGUCAACCCCCUGGAUCUGAGCAACGAUCCGCAUCGGCACCUGCUCCACCCGGACGAGCUGACCCUCGCCAGUAACCUGCGGCUCGACUGCGCUACUUAUCUGACAUGCAAAAGACGCAUCUUCCUUCGGCGGCUCGAGUUUGCCAGAGACGGCCAGGAGUUCCGGAAGACGCAUGCCCAGAAGGCGUGCAAGGUCGACGUCAACAAGGCGUCGCGCCUUUGGCAGGCGUAUGACGAAGUUGGGUGGUUGGAUAUUGAAUGGAUCCGGCCGUACAUGAACCGAGCUAUCUGA